UUAUUGUGAAAAUCAAAAGCGGAGGUGCGUUUCAUUACUGCUAAAUUUAGCUUCGCUGUGUCAGCCUCAGUAGCGACGAGUUGAGUUCUAAGUUUUCUCUCCGCUAGUCCUUUGUCGAAGACUGAACAUCAUGAAUCAAGAAAAGCUGGCCAAACUGAAGGCUGAAGUCCGGAUAGGAGGAAAGGGAACUCCCCGCAGAAAGAAGAAGGUCGUUCAUAAAACAGCAAGUGCUGAUGACAAGAAACUUCAGGGUUCACUGAAGAAACUGUCGGUGAGCACCAUCACCGGUAUAGAAGAGGUGAACAUGAUAAAGAACGAUGGCACAGUGAUCCACUUCAACAACCCCAAGGUGCAGGCGUCCCUGUCAGCCAACACCUUCUCCAUCUCAGGCCACGCCGAGACCAAGCAGCUGACUGAGAUGCUCCCCGGCAUCCUGAGCCAACUGGGAGCCGACAGCAUCACCAACCUGCGGAAGUUGGCCGAGCAGUUCCCACGGCAAGCAAUGGACUCCAAAUCAGUGAAGGAGGAAAUAGCGGAGGAAGAGGACGACGAUGUACCAGACCUGGUGGAGAACUUUGACGAAGCUUCAAAGAACGAAGCAAACUGAAAAUGUUUACUUGUGAUCCCGUGACGGACGCUUUUUAAAUUUGUACCUCCCACAGACUCACAAAGGUUGUUUCCUGCUGUGAGGAAACGUGUGAGCUUUUAUUAAAAGUGCAAUGCACCACGUCUGCAGACGUGAACCACAACCUGCAGCAGACGGACGUCGUGCAGACCCAGAUCCAGGAGGUUUUUGGUUUCAGCGUGUGUUUUGAUAUUGUGGACACUCCAAGAAUCUGUGCUCCCGAAAACACUUUAGAAGCACUGUGAGCUUUCUACAUAGAUUUUAAUUAAAAUACUGUUUAUUAAAAAUACACAAGUGAAGAAUAAAUCAGACAUUUUACACAAAGUGGUAAUAGUGCAUCUAAUAAAAGAUUUUUAAGCUCUC